ACUUUUCUGUCUUGCUCACCUCUAGGGGUCAUUUUCCGGUUAGCCUUCGGGGUGCCCGCGAGAGAAUUGGUUAUAUCCUGGAGCGAGUGCUGGGAGGUGCUAGUCCGCCGCGCCUUAUUCGAGAGGCGUCAGGGCUGGGAGACUAGGAUGUCGGACACGUGGAGCUCUAUCCAGGCCCACAAGAAGCAGCUGGACUCUCUGCGGGAGAGGCUGCAGCGGAGGCGGAAGCAGGACUCGGGGCAUUUGGAUCUACGGAAUCCAGAGGCAGCAUUGUCUCCAACCUUCCGUAGUGACAGCCCAGUGCCUACUGCACCCACUUCUGGUGGCCCUAAGCCCAGCACAGCUUCAGCAGUUCCUGAAUUAGCUACAGAUCCUGAGUUAGAGAAGAAGUUGCUACACCACCUCUCUGAUCUGGCCUUAACAUUGCCCACUGAUGCUGUGUCCAUCUGUCUUGCCAUCUCCACGCCAGAUGCUCCUGCCACUCAAGAUGGGGUAGAAAGCCUCCUGCAGAAGUUUGCAGCUCAGGAGUUGAUUGAGGUAAAGCGAGGUCUCCUACAAGACGAUGCACAUCCUACUCUUGUGACCUAUGCUGACCAUUCCAAGCUCUCUGCCAUGAUGGGUGCUGUGGCAGAAAAGAAGGGCCCUGGGGAGGUAGCAGGGACUGUCACAGGGCAGAAGCGGCGUGCAGAACAGGACUCAACUACAGUAGCUGCCUUUGCCAGUUCAUUAGCCUCUGGUCUGAGCUCUUCAGCAUCAGAACCAGCAAAGGAGCCAGCCAAGAAAUCAAGGAAACAUGCUGCCUCAGAUGUUGAUCUGGAGAUAGAGAGCCUUCUGAACCAACAGUCCACCAAGGAACAACAGAGCAAGAAGGUCAGUCAGGAGAUCCUAGAGCUAUUAAAUACUACAACAGCCAAGGAACAAUCCAUUGUUGAAAAAUUUCGCUCUCGAGGUCGGGCCCAAGUGCAAGAAUUCUGUGACUAUGGAACCAAGGAGGAGUGCAUGAAAGCCAGUGAUGCUGAUCGACCCUGUCGCAAGCUGCACUUCAGACGAAUUAUCAAUAAACACACUGAUGAGUCUUUAGGUGACUGCUCUUUCCUUAAUACAUGUUUCCACAUGGAUACCUGCAAGUAUGUUCACUAUGAAAUUGAUGCUUGCAUGGAUUCUGAGGCCCCUGGCAGCAAAGACCACACGCCAAGCCAGGAGCUUGCUCUUACACAGAGUGUCGGAGGUGAUUCCAGUGCAGACCGACUCUUCCCACCUCAGUGGAUCUGUUGUGAUAUCCGCUACCUGGACGUCAGUAUAUUGGGCAAGUUUGCAGUUGUGAUGGCUGACCCACCCUGGGAUAUUCACAUGGAGCUGCCCUAUGGGACCCUGACAGAUGAUGAGAUGCGCAGGCUCAACAUACCCGUACUACAGGAUGAUGGCUUUCUCUUCCUCUGGGUCACAGGCAGGGCCAUGGAGUUGGGGAGAGAAUGUCUAAACCUCUGGGGGUAUGAACGGGUAGAUGAAAUUAUUUGGGUGAAGACAAAUCAACUGCAACGCAUCAUUCGGACAGGCCGUACAGGUCACUGGUUGAACCAUGGGAAGGAACACUGCUUGGUGAGCAGCAGUGGGGCCCAAUUCAAUAGGUGGAGCACAAAAGAAGAAUCAUUUGAUUUCUUACUGAGAAAAAGUUCAAAAGGUGGUUUCAUAAGGUACUCUGUUAUCUGUGGUGAGCAGGUUGGUGUCAAAGGAAAUCCCCAAGGCUUCAACCAGGGUCUGGAUUGUGAUGUGAUCGUAGCUGAGGUAUGUGCUUCCCAGGCGUCCAAAGCUUCCACAUUUCUGUUGGUAUCAGUUAUUCAUGUUGGGUGUAUUCUCAUCCCAGAUUUUUCUCAUUUAGAUCAUAAACAUAAUAGAAGGGGCUAGAAUUGCAAUCUUGUGUAACUUAAAAAGCAGCUACUUUUUAUUUCCUAGGUUCGUUCCACCAGUCAUAAACCCGAUGAAAUCUAUGGCAUGAUUGAAAGACUAUCUCCCGGCACUCGCAAGAUUGAGUUAUUUGGACGACCACACAAUGUGCAACCCAACUGGUAAGGUGACCAGAGAACAGGCUAGUCCUCAAGGGGCUAUUACUUAUGAUUAAGGACAUAACUUAGUAGAGCUUCACACUGUAUUCCACUAGUCCAUAAAUGAGCUUGAGAGGAUUCAUAAGCCACUUAAGCUUGUAUUUAAACUGUUUUAUGAGAUUCUACAAAUAUUCAUUAGAAACUCAACAGGUUCUAGGACCCAAAGCACUGCUCCCUAGGGUUUCUGUUCUCUUCACAACCUAAGGAUCUUCCUCAGCCAUUCUGUGAUGUAUUGAAUCUGCCCCCUGGUGGUUAUCAAGUUAUCUAUUUAAUCUGUCAAUAAUUACAUCUUUCACCCCUUUAAUAGAGCUUAAAACACAUGCUGCUAGCAUUUUGCUUAUCCAAAGAGUACUCCCUGGUAGCAGCAACUCUGUGAAGCAGGCCUGGCUAAGCCUUAGUUACUAACCCUCAGAUAAUACAGAUCCAGUCUAUUUUAACAC